GAGGCCCAGGGUCAAGACGUCCGGCCUCAGGGGCUGAGGCUGGGCAGCCGGGUCCCUGGGCGGUGCUAAGCGGGCAAGCGGCGAGGGCCCGGGUCUCAGGGCACUCAGGCCGGGUCGCAGGAUCGUUCGCCGCCGCCGCCGCACUGGGAGCCGGCAGGGAUGGAGCGGGAGGCGUCGCCGUGGGGCCUCGAGUCCCGAGAUGUGCAAAGUCCUGACGAAAUGGGGAGCCCCGAAGGGUCCCUCACAGGCAACGUGAGUGAGAAUGAGGAAGAGGAAAUUUCUCAGCAGGAGGGCACUGGAGACUAUGAGGUCGAAGAGAUACCAUUUGGGCUUGAACCGCAGAGCCCUGGGUUUGGGUCACAAAGCCCAGAGUUUGAACCCCAAAGCCCUAGGUUUGAGCCUGAAAGCCCCGGUUUUGAGACCCGCAGCCCUGGGUUUGUACCCCCAAGCCCUGAGUUUGCACCCAGAAGCCCUGAAUCAGAUUCUCAGAGCCCUGAGUUUGAACUCCGGAGCCCCAUGUAUGAACCCCAAAGCCCUGGGUAUGAGCCCAAGAGCCCUGGCUAUGAACCCCGGAGCCCUGGGUAUGAACCCAAGAGCCCUGGCUAUGAACCCCAGAGCCCUGGCUAUGAAUCUCAGAGCCCAGAGUAUGAACCCCAGAACCCUGGGUUUGAACCCCAGAAUCCUGAGUUAAAAACCCAAAGUCCUGAAUUUGAAGCUCAAAGUUCCAAAUUCCAGGAAGGUGCAGAGAUGCUUCUGAACCCUGAGGAAAAGAAUCCCAACCCCCUAAGUAUCCCCUUGGGAGUCCAUCCCCUAGACUCCUUCACCCAGGGGUUUGGGGAGCAGCCCACAGGGGACCUGCCCCUAGGGCCGCCUUUUGAGAUGCCUACAGGGGCCCUGCUAGCUACACCCCAGUUUGAGGUGCUCCAGAACCCCCUGGGCCUAACGGGAGCCCUUCGGGGUCCAGGCCGGCGGGGGGGCCGGGCCAGGGGUGGGCAGGGCCCCCGGCCUAACAUCUGCGGCAUAUGCGGAAAGAGUUUCGGGCGGGGCUCCACCCUGAUCCAGCACCAGCGCAUCCACACGGGGGAGAAGCCAUACAAGUGUGAGGUCUGUAGCAAGGCCUUCUCCCAGAGCUCUGACCUCAUCAAACACCAGCGUACCCACACAGGCGAGCGGCCCUACAAGUGUCCCCGAUGCGGCAAGGCCUUUGCUGACAGCUCUUACCUGCUCCGCCACCAGCGCACCCACUCGGGCCAGAAGCCCUACAAGUGCCCGCAUUGUGGCAAAGCCUUUGGUGACAGCUCCUACCUCCUGCGGCACCAGCGCACCCACAGCCACGAGCGGCCCUACAGCUGCCCCGAGUGUGGCAAGUGCUACAGCCAGAACUCGUCCCUGCGCAGCCACCAGAGAGUACACACCGGGCAAAGGCCUUUCAGCUGUGGCAUCUGUGGCAAGAGCUUCUCCCAGCGCUCGGCACUUAUCCCCCAUGCCCGCAGCCAUGCCCGCGAGAAGCCCUUCAAGUGCCCUGAGUGUGGCAAGCGCUUCGGCCAGAGCUCUGUACUGGCCAUCCACGCCCGCACCCACCUGCCAGGCCGCACCUACAGCUGCCCCGACUGCGGCAAAACCUUCAAUCGCUCCUCCACGCUGAUCCAGCACCAGCGUUCCCACACGGGUGAGCGGCCCUACCGGUGCGCCGUGUGUGGCAAGGGCUUCUGCCGCUCUUCCACGCUGCUGCAGCAUCACCGAGUCCACAGCGGCGAGCGGCCCUACAAGUGCGAUGACUGUGGAAAGGCCUUCUCUCAGAGCUCUGACCUCAUCCGCCACCAGCGGACCCACGCAGCCGGCCGGCGCUGACCUGGGCUCCACCAGGGGUCGGGAAGGGGUGGGCAGAAGAGGAGGUGGGCAGGGAGCUAGGAAAACCUUUCAGAGAACAGUGGAAAAGUCGGAGGCGAGUUGGAGUGGAGGACUCUAGGAGAAUAGGGGGCCAGGGUGGAGGAAGUUACACACCCUGGAGACAUCUGAGAAAUGGCCUACGGAGAGAGGUUGGAGGGAGGCCAAACAGGCAGCAAGUGGCUCCAGCCUCAGCAGCAGCCUGCCCUUUGGUGGGUGCCUGGCUUGGCAAAGUGCUAGAAGGGGGUGGGGGGAGGGAGCGGACGGGUCACUUAAUUAGAAGGGGGUAGAUUAGAUUGGUAGCUGCUGAGACCCUCCCUGAGUCAGGAAGAGGGUGAGAGGGUAGGUGCGGUGGGGAGUGGGGCCCUGGGGUGAGGUCUGGGCUCCCAAGUUCAACCCCCAGCCUCACUUGUUUUCCUCAGGCUUUGGGGCCCUGAAUCUGAGUUCAAUAAAAACCUUUA